AUGAGGCCCAGAUUCAUUAGGCCUGUCAAAUUUAUAAAGACACGGCAUAGCAACUGCCUUAGAUCAUGGCUUCUCGGGCCACCUGCGAUGACGACUGGUAACAAACUGGUAAAGUUGCUUGAGGAUAUCAUGGAUGACAUCAGAAUACUAAUAUUCAUGGAUACUAAGAAAGGAUGUGAUCAGAUCACUCGACAGCUCCGCAUGAAUGGUUGGCCUGCUCUCUCAAUUCAUGGAGACAAAAGUCAAGUAGAAAGGGAUUGGGUCCUCUCUAAGUUUAAAGCUAAUGACUGCAACAGAUGUUGCUGCUCAUGGUCUAGUUUGUGGUUCACUGCAAUGCAGUUCACAGAAACUGCAAUGCAGUUUGUGGUUCACUGCACUGCAGGGUCAUUUUCUUACGAUUUUUUCCCCAAGAGAGUGCUAAACCCUUCAAUUGUCGUCGUUGCUGGUCGUCACUUCUGGUCGUCGCUCGUCGCUCGUCGCCGUUUCAGAUUUUGGGGGAAUAGGUUGGAACUGCUGAAAGAGAGAAUGAAGAAUCGGCUUCGAUCGUUGGUGGUCUUCGAUGAUGGUCGCACGAAUGGGUUGCUGGUCUUCGAUGAUCGUUGGUGGUCUUCGAUGAUCGUUGGUGGUCUGGAGGUUUCUGGAGGUGAAGUUGAAGAGGUUUCUGGAGGUGAAGUUGAAACGUCGCGCGAAUGA